UGGGCUUCAUCUGAUCGGAUCAGAAGCCCAGCAGACCUCUCCUCUCCUCUUCAUCACUGCGCUCCUGUUCGUGCAGCCAAACCUUAAGCUUCUGUCACCAUGAGGAAGGCCCAGCUGAGCAUGAAAGGCCGCUUCCAACGGCCGGUGCCGACCUCCAACCUUCACCUGGAGGAUGAGGCAGAUUACAGAGAGUUUGAGCCAUUUGAAAGGGAUGUGGGUUUCUUCCCCAGAGCGCCUGCAGGCGACGAUGGAAGCGCUCUGCAGGUGAUGACCAUUGAUAUGCAGAAGGACCAGAAUGCUGGGAGCCACAACACCGUAGACUACAUCAACACACCACUGCUGGUGGUCCGCCGCGGCCAAGAGUUCGCCAUAAACAUCACCUUCAACCGCCCACUGGCACCAGAAGAUGAUGUGCAGAUCGAGUUCCUGAUCGGUUCUGACCCAACCCCCCAGAAGAGAUCCCUGCAGAUCGUGACUUUGGGUAACCGGGAGGGCGGCACCUGGAAGGGCCAGAUCCUGGGGGUGCAGGGCGCUGUUACGACAGUUGGAAUCACACCGGACACCCAAUCUAUCGUGGGUUUGUAUCGCACCUAUGUGGCCAUCGCCACUGGCACCGGCAUGCAGCGGACCCAGAAGGAUCCCAGCACCAACUUCUACCUGUUGUUCAACGCCUGGAGUCCAGAUGACGAUGCAUACUAUCCUGAUGAUGCCGGGCGCUGGGAGUACGUCCUCAACUCAAGCGGUCACAUCUACCAGGGCGCGGUGGGGUCCGUUAGUGAGCGCUACUGGGUUUACGGACAGUUUGACAAGGGUGUUUUAGACGCCUGCAUUUACAUCAUGGACUCUUGUCAGAUGCCUAUCCACGACCGAGGGGACAUCAUCCAAGUUUCCAGAAAAGCAUCUGCCAUGAUGAACUCCCAGGAUGACAACGGUGUGUUGGUUGGGAACUGGAGUGAGGACUUUUCCAUGGGAACGCCUCCAACUGCUUGGACUGGCAGCACCAAAAUCCUUCAGGAUUACUUUGGCCAGGGAACCCCAGUCUGCUUUGCCCAGUGUUGGGUGUAUGCUGGAGUCCUGUGCUCAUUCAUGAGAAGCCUGGGCAUUCCAUGCAGGGUCAUCACCAAUUUCAACUCAGCCCACGACAACACAGGGAACCUGAAGACUGAGCUCAUCUUUAAGCCAGACGGCACACCGGACAGACGCAACACCAGGGACUCCAUCUGGAACUACCACUGCUGGUGUGAAGCCUUCAUGAAGCGCUCUGAUCUUCCACCAAAGUACGCCGGAUGGCAGGUGGUGGACGCCACACCACAGGAGACCAGCGACGGAUAUUUUCGAUGUGGUCCUGCUCCUGUCAUCGCACUCAAGGAUGGUGAUUUGAACCACCAGUUUGACUGCAGGUUUGCAUUUGCUGAGGUGAACAGUGACAUUGUGUAUAUAAAGAUGGAUCGCUAUGGCAACAUGAACGUCUUUAACACAGACACAACGUCGGUUGGAUCGUUAAUCCUUACUAAAGCUGUGGGCACUAAUGGGAGUGAGGAUAUCACACAGAAUUACAAGUACCCCGAAGGAAGUCGUGAGAAUAGCAAUACCAUGAGUCAGGCGGAGCAAUUUGGCCUGGAGAGGGACAACUCUGAAAUGCCGGAAACAAAGCUGUCAGCCACAAUCACUGUUGACCCGUGCAAUCUGGGUGAUACUGUGAAGCUGACAGUGACCUUCAAAAAUCAGAACCAGGUGGACAAAACGAUCAAAGCUCACCUGGAAGUGUCUGCUGUUUUCUACACUGGAGUCGUGCUGGAUGAAUUCAAAGUGGAGGAUUUCAACAUUUACACAGCAGCUUUUCAGAGCAACUCGGCUGUGUUUGAAAUCUUGCCUCAGGAGUACAUGCCUCAUCUGGGCUCUAAAAUGUCUUUGCACUUUAUCGUCACCGGAAAAACUGAAGACGAGAACGUGUCUGAUGUCAAAGUGAUCUUUCUGAAGCCCCCUCCUCUCAUUGUGCAGCUGAGCGGCCAUCCUCAGGUCAACCAGCAAAUGUUUGUGACCGUGUACUUCAAGAACCCCCUCAACAUGUCUCUGUACAACGCCAGGCUGGUUAUGGAGGGCGCGGCGCUCCUGGACCACAGGGAGUUUAAGUACAGCGUCAUCGGUCCAAACAUGGAGAUCUCCCAGAAGGUGGCCUUCAGACCCCAGAAGCCCGGCUGGAGGAGCAUCGUGGCUGUACUUGACUGCCAGAACCUGACGGAGGUCACAGGAAAAGUGGACGUCCAGAUCAUGCCAUGAGCCUCAGAUCUUCAUCUGCUGCUUCUAGACCAUGGAGGAGCUCCUUCACCUCCUCGUGUGAUCUUAAUGCUUGGAAAUGAGCUAAAGACAAAUCUGAACUAUUGAUUGUUUCUUCACAGAUCUGGCAGCGCUUUAACUCUUCGACCAAAUCCCUUGGAUUAAACUGGAUUUAAAGUGUUAUGAUGUCGUUAGAAGCAGAGUAACUAACGUACCAUCUGACCACAGAAGCAGAUUGUUAUCAGGAAAACUGAAAUGUCUUCAAACAUCAAUUAAAAAUGUUAACCUUCUCACUCACCUUUAGCCCUAAACGCUGAUAGAAUUUGGAAUUUCUGAUCUAAAUUAUCCAUGUUAAAAAUUUUUAUAUAAAAUAUUGUAAUAGAAACGUAUUGGAAUGGAUGAAACAGUGCAUCCCAUGAAUAUUCUACCACCUUGAAAUAGCAGCCUACAUUUCACAUAAUUAUUCAUUCAUAAUUUCAUCUUCUGCCGUUUUAUCCCUUUCAGGGGCAAAACCUUGUCAAAGUCAUGCAUUCUCAAACAUUCAGGGAUUCCCUCAAAAGACUCCAGUCUGUGUGGAAACAUCAUCAAGAAACAAUAAAAUGAUCCAACUGUGAACGUGAUUUUUCUCUAAACCUUUUCUGCUGUUUUCACUUCGGUUUACUAACAAUAAAGCAAAUUCAAAGACAAA